UAGAGGUAAAAUGCUGCAGUGGCCUUAGGGUUCGGACCUUUGGAUUUUCCUUUAGGUGAAAGUUUAACUCGAGAGACCAAUCAAAAAUAUCAGGGCACUUAGUGUUGGAUGUAAAGUGCAACCCACACGUCGCGUCUUGAAUUUACGCAAAACUCAAAGAAGGGAGAAAAGGAAGGGGAAAAAAAAUCUGUAGACCUUUUUUUAUGUUGGAAACUGUGAACACCCCGAGGUUAGUGUUUGGACUUGCAGGGAGUUUGUUACACGGUUCAGUUUGCAGAAUCCUUUUUGCGUCUUCAUUUAGAAGCAGCGCUGAAAAUGUGGCCGAAGUUUUUGGCAGCUGUGCGCGCGACCGGUGUUUUCUGCAAACCGCAGAGAGUUUUCUACAAGAACCCUUUUUUAUCAGUUCAGCCUAACUGCUCUAUUCAUGUAGACACUCCUCCUAGUGUUCCAACCCUCACCACCAGCUACGCUCAUGGUGUCACCUCACAUUCCUUACAGUCUCUCACCGUGGGCCGGAGCCUGCAGCUCAGAGCUGAGCGCUUUCCUGACCGUGAGGCUGUUGUCUUCCUGGAAAGUGGCAUCAGGAAAACAUUUUCUGAGUUUCAAAAAGAUGUGGAUCAGGCAGCAGCAGGUAUGCUGGCGAUGGGGCUGAAGAAAGGAGAUCGAUUAGGCAUGUGGGGUCCUAACACAUAUGAAUGGAUUCUAACGCAGUUUGCCACAGCGAAGGCUGGCAUCAUCUUGGUGUCGGUCAAUCCAGCAUAUAAGUUGCAGGAGUUGGAAUUUGCACUAAAAAAGGUGCAGUGCAAAGCAAUUGUGUGUCCUACUCAGUUUAAGACCCAAAAGUACUAUGAGAUGUUAAGGGAGCUUUGUCCUGAUCUGGAUACUGCUUCCCCUGGAAGCCUCAAGAGUUCCAGUUUGCCAGACUUACGGACGGUCAUUGUGACGGACAGUAAGCAGCCUGGUGCUUUCCACUGGAAUGAUCUGAUGCAGGCAGGGAGCAGCCAGCAUUACCAGCAGCUAGAGGAUUUACAAAAAAUGCUCAACUUUGACGACCCUAUUAACAUCCAAUUCACAUCGGGAACCACUGGGAGUCCCAAAGGAGCUGCACUGACGCACCACAAUAUCAUCAACAAUGCGUAUUUCAUCGGUUUGCGUAUGGGAUAUGACUGGAGGAAAAAAGUUAAAGCGUGUGUGCCAGUUCCUUUGUACCACUGUUUUGGUUCAGUGGGUGGGGGAAUUGUGAUGGCAAUACAUGGUAUCACACUGGUCUUCCCCUCCACUGCCUACGAUGGACAUGCCAACCUGGCAGCACUGCAGAAUGAGAAAUGCACAUUUGUCUAUGGCACCCCUACAAUGUACAUAGACAUGCUGGGUCAACCUGACCUGGCCAAGUUUGAUCUGUCAUCUGUUGAAGGAGGAGUUGUUGCUGGCUCUCCUUGUCCUCCUGAAAUUGUGAAGAAAGUAAUCAAAAUCAUGGGCAUUAAAGAAAUAACGAUUGCGUAUGGUACAACUGAGAACAGUCCAGUGACAUUCUGUGGCUUCCCAGUUGACAACAUAGAGAGAAAGGCAGAAACUGUUGGAUGCGUUAGCCAUCAUCUUGAGGCAAAAGUGGUUGAUCCUACAACAGGAUACGUUGUUCCUCUUGGAGCUCCAGGAGAGCUUAUGAUCAGAGGCUACUGUGUCAUGCUGGAAUAUUGGCAAGAUGAAAACAAAACAAAAGAGUGUAUCACUAAAGAUCGCUGGUACAAAACUGGUGAUAUAGCCAGCUUGGACAAGUUUGGCUACUGCAAAAUAGAGGGACGUAUCAAAGACAUGAUUAUCCGUGGAGGAGAAAAUAUCUAUCCUGCUGAAAUCGAGCAGUUCCUGCACACACACCCUAAAAUCCAGGAGGCACAGGUGGUUGGGGUGAAAGAUGAGAGGAUGGGUGAGGAGGUUUGUGCCUGCAUUAAACUUAAGAAUGGACAGGAAUGUACUGCAGAGGAGCUAAAGACGUACUGUAAAGGCCAGAUUGCCCAUUUCAAGAUUCCUCGCUAUUUUACUUUUGUUAAUGGCUAUCCUCUUACUGUCUCCGGGAAAAUCCAAAAGAACAAACUGAGGGAGCAGAUGGAGAAACAACUGGGACUGUGAACUUGGAGACUUGUAGUUUUAAUCAAAUGAAAAGUUAUCAACUUUUAUCAAAAACUUCAAUCAUCACCUUUAUUUUUAUCUGUAUGUUAUAAUCUUUUUAUAUUUGUUACAUUUUAACCAUACAUUAAAGUUACAUUGAGGUAUUUCAGAAAAUGUUUAUUCAGGAAACAAACCAGGUAACUUUGAACAACACUUCUGCACAUUUGCAUCAAAUAACUGAUAUUUUGAAAGCAUAAGCAAGUAACCAGAACAAAUAUGUUUUUAUUGUAAAUAAAACAAUAUUUGAUGGCCAAUGAUUUAAAAAUAUCAUGAAUAUGGUACUGUGUUUAUAAAAUUCAUGCAUUGCAUUUGACAGAAGGUCAACCACAUACUUUAUCAAUAAAAUAUGUAGCUUAUUUUGACCUAAAGUUCACAUUAUUUGACUCUCGAUAUAAUUUUUAAUGCUAUACUGAUAUGUGUAAAAAUUCACAUCUGUAUAAAGAAUGUUGAAAGAUGUUGUGGCCCUUAAUUACAUUGUCAAGGCCUAAACAAGGCCAAAGGAAAUAAAGGGGAAAAAUAUUUGUAUGAA